GGGCGGGUGUGAACUCCUCGGACAUCACAUCCGGUGUUAGUUUCGGCUGGGUCGAUCGGAAGCGGAUACGCAGCUGAUGGCUCCUCUCUUGUAAAUUAGUGUUGUCGUCGGUUACCUCUGUCGGGGUUUCGGUGAUCAGUCGCUUUCUCGCGGCGGCCCGGGCCGGGAAGGAGAAUGUAUGGACACGCGGGAGCCGGUCUGGCAGGAUCGCGCCGGCGUCCUGGCGCUGGGGGAGCUCUCCCGAAGCAAACGGAGCGGAGCUUGGCAUCGGCGGUGCCGGGCGCGCUCUCGGUGACUGCGCUGUGCACGGCGUUGGCGGAACCAGCUUGGCUGCGCGCGCACGGGGGCAUGUGCCCCCGGCAGGAGCUCGGGGUCGCGGAUGUUCUGGGACGCCUGGACUCGGCCCUGCUGGAAGAUUAUUGUAUGAAUCCUCAGACUGUGCUCCUGCUGCGGGUCAUUGGUGCCUUUUGUUUCCUGGGGAUUCUUUGCAGUUUGUCUGCUUUUCUUCUUGACGUGUUUGGACCAAAACAUCCAGCGUUGAAGAUUACUCGCAGAUAUGCCUUUGCUCAUAUUCUCACAGUUCUGCAAUGUGCUACAGUGAUUGGAUUCUGCUACUGGGCCUCGGAAUUGAUCCUCGCUCUUCAGCAGCAACACAAAAAGUAUCAUGGUUCCCGUGUCUACGUCACCUUUGCUGUUAGCUUUUACUUGGUGGCAGGAGCUGGGGGAGCAUCCAUCUUGGCAACAGCUGCUAACCUUCUCCGACACUACCCAACUGAGGAAGAGGAACAAGCACUGGAACUGCUGUCAGAAAUGGAAGAGAAUGAACCAUAUCCAGUGGAAUAUGAAAUUGUCAACCAGUUUCAACCUCCCCCUGCCUACACCCCCUGAAUUUCAGGACACAUAAUUUUCUUUUCUCCAACUUCACUUCACUUGACUGUUCAAAGUUGUUCAGUGGAAUUCUCAACCUCGAGCACUUCACUCCAACUUCUCAUUGUCCUUCCAGCUCGGAGGCCUAAAGCUGUGAUCAUCUCAGCUACUAAAACAUUGGUUUUAUUUUCAGUGAAUCAACUUGUUCAGACAUGUUAUGAUGCAUUUCUAGGAUUGGUGAGACAAGAACCUGGGUAUUCUGGCCCAGAGGUAGGGAUACUACCACUGAGCCAUAAGCCCCUGUGAAUGUUUUUGUGCUGUUCAGAGGUGAUGAGACCUUUUUUGAGUGAGUUGGAGUUGACUUCUCAACAGUGAUCAUACUUGUUAAAGAGGCAGUACCUUUUUAACUUCGGAAGGCUGUAUUUGAUCACUUGUGACGUUCAACAUUUUAUAGACUUCAAAUCUUUUCGUGCUUUAAAUAAACUACAAUUAUGUGCUUUUGUUAUUAUUGUUUUGAAUACUUAAUACUUCCAAAACAAUUUGAUUCUGAAACAUGUCCAUGUUCUUGUAAAAGGAUUUGAAAAUUUUUUGCCCACAAUUGAAUGACUAUUGCAAGACGCCGCAGUCAAAAGGAUACUGUCUCUGAUUUCUUAGUCUGAAAGUGAGCUACUGCUUGUUUGCACCUUCGUAUUAAACACUUGCAUAUUUACAACUUCACUUAUGUAAAACAAGGAAAUAUCUGAACGAGGAAUACUUAACACAGAGAAUAAGGGAGCCUUUGAGAAAUCUUCUGAGUGAGGUAGGGAAAUGUACAGUUCACAUUAUGAAUUUGGCAGGCCUGUGAAGUGACCAACUGGGAUUAGUUUUGUUUUAGUUUGUUCAGUUGUUUUGUUUGAAGUUUCUGUUCCCUGUCCCAAUUAUCAUAUGGGAAGAGGAGGAAAAAGCACUAAAUCAGAUCCCAAAGAAUACUGUUAUUAGCUUUUAGAAUAAGGAGAACACAACAAAUUUCGAGUGUGGAUUUUUAAAUAUUGUUAAAUUCUGCCUCAUGACGUGGUUUGGCAAAAUGUCACAAUUGUUUAAAUGCACGGAAGCAAAAAUCUAUCACAGGGAGCUUUUCAACGGGAGGAUAGUUGAUCACAGAAAUCCCAGACUUGCCCAUUGAGAGACAAUUGCAUUCUUCACACUUAGAGUUUUCAAACAUUGGCAAACAUCAAUUAAGGAUUAGGUUAAAUUGGGUAUUUUUAUGUUAUACCAAUUAAAAGCACAAAGCAUAUAUUUUCCCCAGAGAUAUUGCACCCAUCAUCGCUAGUUAAAUCAUUGUUUUUAAAAUCAUCAUUUGCAUCUCUUCUGGGAUACCUUAACUUUCGACAAAAGAUUUUUCUUUGGAUCCACAAGGCAGUUGUGUUAUAAGGCAAGGGAGCACUUUCACUUCCUUGAAAUCUAUCUCUCUUAGUUUGAGAGACAGGAUGACCUGCUUAACCAGAAAUACAACAGCCCCACCUGUUGUUAUUUUUCAGGCAUGCCUUUGUGGUAAGUGAUGUAAAUUAAACAAGAUUGUCAACCACAAAUACACACACGUGUUGCAGAAUGAUUCACACCCAGGCUGGCUAAUUACUUGUGGACCUUCAUUUGUCACUUAGUAUAGUGUCUUACUAGCUUUGUAUCUUGAACAUGAAUGCACUUUAAAAUGAUGGAAGUUGUGAAACUGGACUAAGAAGAACAAUAUUGGAAGUUAAAUUGGAUGCAACAAAUAGCAAAAUAUCCUACUUCUGGUCAAAUCAAGAUCAUUCAGCAUUCCCCUAACCAACUGUUACUUUUCUCAAGUAACAACCAGCUGUUGUGUAAUUUGUAAAUAUCCCACCAAUUUUACAGGAAUCCACAAUGUUAUUCCCAACAAUCUCAGAACAAGUGGGCUUAAUCUUCUCCAUUACAACCAGGUCUGACUGACAGCAAUCAAUAAAAUGUAUAGAAUUGGUGCCAAAUCUUUUGCGUGCUGUUUGCUGAAUCAAUGCAGUAGGAAUGAGUUGUUAGUAGUACAUGUCUGUGCCACUAAUGACUUUUAAUAAAUAUUGAAUUACAAGCUG